UCUAGUAUAUGAGGUAUAGAUUGGGAGCCGAAACGCAUUUUCUUUUUUGAUCUGGGACCAGAAAGGCAACAAGUUUCUCUACGGAAGAGCAGAAAAUACUUAUUUCUACAUCUCAGGGAAACCAAAAGAAACAAUCUUGUCAAGUAUACAUCAUAUACUUUGAAAAGCAACACUAAUUUUUCAUCAUCUCUCACUCAUCAUUGACAAACUAUUUAUUUGGAAGAGUUGUUAAAGCAGCAUAAAUUCUCAAAAUGCCACCCACUUUGUUGAAAAUCUUCUUACUGUAUAUAUGUGGGAUGACAAUGGCUGUAUUGUCGACAACAGUGAACGAAAAUACUAUCAACAGUCUUCCAGAAGUCAUGCGACUAUCGCCUUCACCACUAAUUCAUAUCAUAAACUCUUCUUCCGCAACAGCCUUGCAGGAAGAAGCCAUUGCCAAUUUUUCAAAUUCUGUGUCCAAUACAAGCCUUUCUGAUAUCGAAAGAGACAACCUAACGCAGUCUUUGCAACAGCGCUACAGAGAGAGGAAGAAGCAAGAAAGAAUUAUCAUCAUCCAAGCGAAUAUUCUUCACAGGCUACGUAUGGAUCGACAACCCAAUAUUACGUCAUCUCAUUUAUCUGAAGACCAGCAAAAGAAAUUGGCCAUAAUUGUCGAACACAUGAAUAACAAUAGUCAAAUGGACGAAAUGCCUUCAAGCCCUGAUAAUAUGUACACGAUGCAGCGCUUGCAGAGUUUUUAUCCGUCAUGUUCAUUACCAAAUAAUACAGACAGAUCAUCCUGGGAAAAUCCUACAGCAUUUAGAAUUUACUACGACAUACCCUUCAAUCGUCAUUCUUCUACUUCCUUGAUAAAUAUUAUGCUGGCUAAACUGAGAUUGUACAAAAUAACGGGAAACACUGAUCCUAACUUCGUAGCAUGGAACCCCAAUGAAUCCACUUUACCUCGCCAUGAUCUGUUGGAGAGGCUAGUCAAUAGUAGAGCGGCUAAUGGAAUUAAUGUUUCUAUUUACCGAUACCUGAAGCCGCUCAGAGCAAAUAGAAGAGAAAAGAAGCGUCUCGUAGAUUCCAGGACUAUCUCCGUCGACGACGAAGGUUGGGUUGAGUUCAAUGUGAUGGAGCCGCUCAAUCAUUGGUUGCAUCACAGUAACAAGAAUUUUGGAUUCGAUGUCGAAGUUCAGGAUGCCUAUGGAAACAAACUGAAUCCUAAUUUAUAUUUUCAGAACUUGAAUUGCUCAUCAGGAACUCCAGCUCAAGAACCACCCUUCCCAAAUAUUGUGGAACUGCAUCCAGAAAUGGGAGAAAAUGAAUCUUCCUUGUUUGACAACGAAACAUAUCCUACGUUGGACUUGCAGACAGCAGAAAUCCCACUGGAUUUUCCAGAAUUUGAUGUACCAGCAAGCAGGUUAAAUGAAAGGGUCAUCAGGAAGCGGUCCAAUAGAAAUGAUGUACAGAACAUGUGCCAGAAGGAAGAAAUUUAUGUAUCAUUUGCUGAACUUGGACUAGACGAGUACAUAUUAUGGCCUCAGGGAGUUCUCUGGACAUUUUGCAAUGGUGGUUGUAGAGGGGUUCAAAUUCCACGUCAACGACAUGUUGCUUCAAAAAUGGAUUCAAAUUCAAAAUGGAUAGCUAAUCUUCUUCGAACAAAGAUAGAUGAUUCGACCUCAAGUUGUGCUGUUACAAGCAAAGAAUCACUGCCUGUUAUCCUUUAUGACGGAGAGCAUCAAGUGUACGAAACAGUUUUGGAAGACCUUGUACCAACCAGUUGUGGCUGCAGUGACUCGUAGCAUUGAACAAAGAAAGAUGAUCUAAGAUUUAAAAAAACAAUGCGAAGCUUGUGUCCGGAAGACAGAAGAUUAACAUACUUCGGUCGCUUCGCACGGGUAUCUGUCGACAUGCAUCCAACAUCUACCUCAAAACUUUAUUCAUCUAUAUCUGAACUGUAGCUCUGUGUCGUAUCAUAAAGUCUGAAAAAUGUGUCCGUGAAGCAUCCAUGUGCGGCUAGCAUACCUCAAUAUACUGCAAGUUAGGUUCCAAUCCAGGACCAUACGCAAAAUAUAGAAAUAAAAAAUUAUUCAUAUGAGUUUUGCGGUUCGUCAACAAUCUAUUGAAUAUAUAUAGUAUCUUGAAUUUUCUAAGAUUUUAAACUUUUUAUUUAAAAUGGAACUUACACGACCGUUCUUCUGUCUUGAAUAUUUAAUGGUGAUUAGAAUGUAUAAUAUUGUAAUAAUAAUUACCAAAAUGUUAUCCACACACAGAAAAGGAGUAAAUGUGCUUGGCAAAAUAACUGAUAAAAUCCUGACAAUAUCCUGAAUUCAUACAGGAAACGUUCAGUUAUAAGAAAAAAGAUUUGUAACUGUAAUAACGGGGUAUGCCUGAACAUGAAUUUAUGUAUACUGAGAAAUUCGAAUGUACUAAUUUAGAAUAGCAAAAUGUGCCUUCACAAUAUUGCAUUUUAUAAUAAUUUAAGCUAUUAUUUGAACAAAAUAAGAAAGAAAUCCAAGUUCACCAGUGAAUGGGCCUGAAAAUCUACACUUUUGUUUUAUUUCGAAUUCAAUUAUAUAUCUGACUAGGUGUACCCGCCCGGCGUUGCCCGUGCAUUUAGAAAAUGCAGAUAAGUGAAUAGCGCAGGAAUAGUAGUGUAGGACAUGUAGACUGUC